AUGCAGACCUUCAACAUUCUUUUCAUCACUCUUGCUACUGCAGUAGCUGGAGUUACUUCUUCCUCCAACUGCCCCCCCUUCCCUGCCUCAAUGACUCCGUUCUCCUAUGGCUUCAAAGAGCCGAAACCGCCUACUAUCAAGCCAGAAUAUCAAGCUCACUUCGUACAGCAUAAGUGGAAUGGCGAACUCUCGCAUAUCACAACUGGCUUCAUCCAAAACUCCCCAUCUAAGGGCUUUGUCCGAGCUGACGAAGCCUUCGAUGGUGUUCUUGCAUCUUCGGUUUUUGACUAUUCCAACGUUACCAAAUCGGGCUUGGUUGACAACACCUUGACUACAUAUGAUCCCAAGAAGGCCAAGCCAAGUGUUUGGAGAGGAUAUGUGAACUCAAACUAUCCUAUCCUCAAUAAGACAGUCUUGAUUGAUAAUGGGGCUGUCUUUGAGGGCUUUGUGAAGAGGGAUUUCACUCCAUCUCCCGUUGCAGCAUGGAGCAUCAUGUACCAAAAUGCAGUGCCCGUUACUGUCUUCGUCAACGAGUGUGGUGUUAUUGUUGGUUACGAUUACUUUGCGCCCGAGCUUCGUACCCGGGUCAUCAUGGAGUUCUUCAACAUUCAGGCCAAGUAG